AUGAAGUACGUGGCGUAUUCUCGUGAAGAUGAGACAUUUUCAGAGUUCCUUGAUCAGCUGAAAAAGCAGGGACCAGAUGUGAGCCUGGUGUCCGCACAAUUCAGUGACCUAGAUGACACACGGUGUCGCCUUGUGUUAGAUUGCCUUCUUGAUCUUUGGGGCCAAGUGGCUAGCCAACCAUCGAUGUAUGGAAGAAGUAUGCCUGGCGUAAGGUACUUGGACUUUUCGUCUAAUCAUAUACAAUCGUUUCAAGCAAGUGGUCUUGUUCAAAUUUUAAACAACAACCGACUCCUUUCUGUUCUGGAAAUUCAAGCAAAUGAAUUGGGAAAGGCAGGUACAGAAGAUAUCCGCGCAUUUGCUUGCGCGAUGAAGCACUGCUCCCUGCGACGCCUCAAUAUUACAGCAAAUCGGCUUGGUGAUGCAGGUCUGGCCACUUUCAUUGAUCAUUUGCCUGAUACCGGCACGUCGCUCCUUGCGUUACAUCUCUCUGUAAAUACAUUCUCCACAGACACUGGCUCUUGGAAAGCAGCUCACAGUAUUGCCCGAUUUUUGAGUUCUCCAAAGAAAUGCCGUGGUCUGAAGUCUAUCCACUUGAAUGGGAACCACUUUGGCUGGGAAGGCGUACGUGCGAUCGCACAUGCCAUCAUUGGCUCGCGUCGAGCAUGCGAAGCCACAGCAAGCGGCCUCGUGGAUUUGCCCCCCAGUAUCCUAGAUGCAUGUCCACCCAAUACCAGCCUCAUCAACAUUGAUUUGUUUUCUACAGGCAUUGAUUCUCUGAACUCCGCAUCAAAAAAUGUGCCACCAUGUGUAGAAUGGGAAGCAUAUUCCGCCGUGUCGCGUGAAAAUUGGUACCAGCUCGUGAUGGAGCAGCUGGAAAUGAACCAGUAUCAACAGGCCGUGUGCCAACGAGCCGCUGCACGCAUUCUAGGUGCUGCACGCAUCAUAGGAUGCAAGUCUCGAUGGAUCGAGCCCCCUGAUGGAGAGCGAGACCAUUUUCCUUUCCGACGCCUCCCUGUGGAAUUGCGCAGGCACAUCUUGUUCCAUGUCGACUCAGAACAAUGUCUCAGUCAUGAGCAAUUGAUUAAUGUGCUGCGCUGGGCAAGUGAGCCUAGCACAUUAGGGUAUGUGCGUGAAGCCGGAGCUUGGCCGCCAACACAGUCUUUGGCCGUCGCGGACAAUGUGUGGAACUUGCCUCCGUGGUCGUGGACCGAGUGCUAUGAAUAUCGUUCGCCACCACGUAAUUGGUACAGUGAUGGUCUCGAAUACGACGAGCUUGAUGGCUUUGAUCCAGCAAAAAUGGCAUUCCUGGAGUGCACUGGUACCGUAGAGAUGGAACACGUAGCAUCUAGAGCUUCAUAA